AUGAGCAAGGCUAACCUAGAUUUAAGUAAGGCCAAGGUGACCAAAUUCACUGAACUCGAUGAGCCAAAGUGGGUUCAGACCAAUUUAAUCAAGUUCAUCGACCCGCAAGGUAAAGAGCGGGACUGGGAAUGCUGCUCGCGAAAGACGCGUGUCGAGGGUUCAGACUGCGACGGUGUCGGCAUUAUUGCCAUUCUUGAGAAACCGUCAGGCCCAGAAAUUGUUCUCCAGAAGCAAUUCCGUCCUCCUGUUGAAGGCGUCUGCAUUGAGUUCCCGGCCGGUCUUUUGGAUCCUAAUGAGACUCUGGAAACGUGUGCUGAGAGAGAACUCCUGGAAGAGACUGGCUAUAUUGGGAAAGCGAUCAAGUCCAGCCCUGUUAUUUUCAAUGAUCCUGGUUUCUGCAACACCAAUCUCAAGCUAGUGCACGUCAAUGUAGAUCUCAGUGAUCCUUGCAACAAGAACCCUGAACCUCAGCUCGAGGAAAACGAGUUCAUUGAGUCUUUCACGGUAUCUCUGGCCAAUUUCCAGAAACAACUUGAGGAAUUCGCCGCCCAGGGCUACAAAAUCGACGCUCGUGUCCAAAACGUAUCCGAUGGUAUCGAGCUCGCUAAAAAGUAUCAGCUUUAG